CGUCGUUAAUAUUUAUCGUCGCAGGGCUAUAAUGGUGGUAAUUGAAGAUUCAACAAAAUUCGCCAAUUCCUCCUUAGAAGCAUCAGUAAAAAUGGCAAAUAUAUUAAAUAAUUCUGCCAAAAAUGAUGCCACCAACACCACCACUAAUAACAGCAGCAGCACAACAACUACGACAUUGGAAAACAAACCCAUCUUUCCGCGUCUCUAUAAUAAAAUCGUUCUGACUUUGGAAAACAGUUUGAUACCCGAAGCAAAAUUGGAUCAAACACCAUCACAUUUGGAUGGUUUGGAUGCUGAAACAGAAAAGGAUUUACGUAUACUGGGAUGUGAACUAAUACAGACGGCAGGAAUUUUGCUGAAACUGCCACAAGUUGCAAUGGCCACUGGCCAGGUGAUAUUUCAGCGAUUCUUCUAUUCGAAGAGUUUUGUAAGGCACAAUAUGGAAACAGUGGCCAUGAGUUGUGUUUGUUUGGCCUCGAAGAUUGAGGAGGCGCCACGUAGGAUACGUGAUGUUAUAAACGUUUUCCACCACAUCAAGCAGGUGCGCGGACAAAAGGAAAUCACCGCUAUGAUACUGGAUCAAUAUUAUACCAACCUUAAGACACAAGUUAUCAAAGCAGAACGUCGUGUUCUCAAAGAGUUGGGCUUUUGUGUGCAUGUCAAGCAUCCCCAUAAGCUGAUUGUGAUGUACCUUCAAGUGUUAAAAUAUGAAAAACACGAGCAGCUGAUGCAAAUGUCAUGGAAUUUUAUGAACGAUUCACUGCGUACCGAUGUUUUUAUGCGUUACAAUCCUGAGACCAUAGCCUGUGCUUGUAUAUAUCUAAGUGCUCGUAAACUCUCCAUACCUUUACCUUCACAACCACAUCCCUGGUAUGGUAUAUUUCAGGUGCCAGAAGAUGAUAUAAUAGAUAUUUGCUAUCGUGUCAUGGAAUUGUAUACUCGCGGUAAACCUAAUGUGGAUAAAUUAGAGGAAGCGGUAGAGGAGCUUAAGAAACGCUAUAUGGAAUCGAGAAAUAAGACCAAGGAAAAUAACACUCCCCCGGCCGUAACAGCAGUAGAUCGUAAUAAUGGUUCUCAUAAUGCUUGGGGUGGUUUUAUACAGCGUACUAUCCCCUUACCAUUGCCGAAUGAGAAAUCACCCAGUAAGGAUUCCCGCUCUAGAUCGAGAUCACGUUCUAGAGAUUCUAGAAGAACGGCACGUUCUAGAUCGCGUACUAGAUCAAGAUCACGUUCUAACUCUGUCAAUCGUUAUAAGAAAUCACGACGUGAUCGUGAACGGGAAAGAGAUCGUGAGCGCUCUAGAUCUCGAACACCACCUCCUUCUAAGAAUAAGAAAAAAUCCAGGCAUUAUUCGAGAUCACCCUCAAGUUCACCACAUUCCAAGCAUCGUAAAAGGAAACCUUCUCGUGAUCGCCACACGGAUAAAUAUUUAGACAAUAGACGUGAUAAAUACCAGGACAAGUAUCAAGACAAACGUCCCAUGCAUCAUCAUCAUAACUCAUCUUCAUCCAAUAGUAAUAAACAUUAUCGUGGUCACAAUUCAUCGCAUCGCGGUUCACAUCGUGAUAAUUCUCAUGAUUCUAGACAUCGUAAACGAUGACUUUUUUAGAAGAGUGUAAAUUGUAUUUAAUCAAUUUAUGUUAUAUACUAUAUUUGGAUCAUUUUUCAUGUAUGUUUGAUGUUAAGCUAAUACUUCUACUACUACUGUAAACAAAUAAAGAAAUUUAUAAAUAUUUA